CUUACAUUGUUGUGUCAUUAUUUUGGAACUGUUAUAUACUUCCUUUAAAGGCUCAGGUUUUGCAACUACAUACAGUAGUGCUAAUACAAAUUGCAUGCUCGUAUAACCAUCCUAUAUGUAUUUCUCAUAGUUCUGUGACAUUUUCGGACGCAAGCCUAUCCUACUUCUCGGCCAAGUCUUUCUACUGAUCGGAUCUAUUAUUUGUGCCACGGCACCAAGUAUUCAAGGGUUGAUUCCCGGCCGCACGAUCCAAGGAUUUGGCGCAGGAUGUAUCAUGUCAAUGGCUUUCGUAAUUGUUACUGAUAUCACACCGUUGUUCUGGCGACCAAAAAUACAGUCUGUACUGGUUGCUAUCUAUGGAUUGGCCAAUGUGGUAGGUCCGCUCAUUGGUGGUGCCUUCGUCGACAAUUUGUCAUGGCGCUGGGACUUUUGGUUUACCGUUAUUUUGGAUGGUGUCGCGGCCUUGAUUGUGCUCUUCCUGUUCCAUGAAACAAUUACCAUUCGUCAAGAAUCAAUUAUGAGCAAAAUCAAACGCAUCGAUGUUCUCGGCUCUGUUUUUUCAAUUGGUUUCAUUACAUGUUUACUGCUUGCGCUCAACUGGGGACCACAGUACGGCUGGAAUAAUGCCCAUGUUAUCGGCUCGUUUGUUGCAGCUGGUGCUGCAUUGAUCCUUUUGGUUAUUUCUGAAGGAUGGAUUGCCAAAGAACCUCUCAUACCGUUCCGAGUCAUUUUGGACCCUGCAAUCCUGCUAUUUUACCUAUACUUGGCAUGCCUUGGUCUUGGAUUUGUCGGAACUCUCUUUUUCGGUCCCAUUUUAUUCCAAUCAGUGUUUGCCGCAUCUAGUAGCGAAUCCAGUAUCCGUCUUAUUCCUUUUAUGGUAUGCCUCAUUGUAGGCUCGUUUGCUAGCAGCUUCUUGAUGCGUCGCGUUCCAUAUCCAAAGAUAUAUAUUAUCAUGGGUGCAUGCAGUAAUGUAUUAGGUUAUGGUCUAUUUCAACUUGUUGACGAGCAUUCAAAUUGGGGCAAACAAGCUGGCUUUUUGACUUUCUGUGGUCUUGCUGCAGGCUUAACACAGCAAAAUUGUAUUCUUGGUGUCCAGGCAACAGCGAAAAAGGAGGACAUGGCCGUAGCUACGAGUUUGAGUAACUUUUUGAUGCUACUUGCUUCAGCUGUUGGUGUAGCCGUCUAUCAAGUACUCUUCUCUACAUUUGUAACAAAUCAACUCCAGAGUGUGGACCCUUCUGUCCUUGCAGUCGCUCAACGUUAUGGUGCACUCCAAAAUUAUUUAUACAUAAAAGACAUGCCUCAAGAUACUCAAGCCCCCAUCAUACAUGCGUAUAUGCAAUCGCUUAACCGGGUGUUUAUUGUUCCCCUUGUGGCUGCUGGUAUCAGCGUCAUCUGUGCAGUAUUUAUGUGUAAUGUUCGUUACGGUGCACCAACAACGGCCAACAAGUCCUCGUCUAAAACUGUCCCGCAGAGCCAUAAUGAAGACAUUGAAAAGGCAUAAAUAUAAUCAUGAUUAAUAGUAUUUUUCAAGCUUAUCAUACCAUAGAUUGCUUUCCUAUUAGAUUGUACAAUUUCGGAAAUAAACAUUCAUAUAUAUACACAGCUUCAAAAGAUGGUUUGCAGCAGUUACAGAAAUAUUGAUAAGUUCGCCAGACGAAUUAAAAGCAAAAGUCAUUGUGAUAUAUAGCUAUAGCAGUAACAGGGGAAUCAAAUGGAAAUGAUAUGUGAAGAAUGUUAUUCACUCUUGGUAACAAUCGUGUACAGAUCAAAUGACGUAGAGCUCUG